CGCCAAACACUGAGAAGCUCCUCUAUUGGCCAAAAAAUAUUGCAUGUGUAGUGUGUAAAUAUGGCGACGUCUGUAACGACAAAUCCAUCUACUUUGCUUCCUUUAGAACUUGUAGACAAAUGUAUCGGCUCUCGAAUACACAUCAUUAUGAAAAAUGAUAAAGAAAUUGUUGGAACAUUGUUGGGUUUUGAUGAUUUUGUGAACAUGCUACUGGAAGAUGUCACUGAGUAUGAGUCUACCCCAGAAGGCAGAAGAAUUACAAAGCUUGAUCAGAUUCUGCUCAAUGGAAACAGCAUUACAAUGCUUGUACCUGGAGGAGAUAUGCCUGAUGCAUGAAGAGUCUCUUUUGUUUUUGUACAAAUUUAAAAUGCAUAAAAUGUAAUUACCUUUUGUAAUAAAAGAAUAUUUGAAAAGACA